AUGGGUAUGCAGCCGCGAGCCGGGUCGCUAGCUGACACCAACGGAACCAAUGGAACAAACGGCGAAACGAACAGGCGGAAAGCACCUUUAGAUAUCGAAGAGAUCUUGCGCAAGAAGAAAGAAGCAAACGAAGCCGCCGCGAAACCAAGAUUUAUCCCUAAAGCUGAGCGUGAGCGCCUAGCAGCAGAGAAACAAAAAGAAGAUGAGGAGAAGCGAAGGCGGAAAGCGGAAGAAGAAGCACGAAAUAAGCCUACUGGUAGAUCUACAACCACGUCGGGACUCGAUGGACGGCAUCCGGAUCGUCGCGACAGAGAUCAUGCACCAGCUGUUCCAACGGGGCCUAGGGCCAUGCGCCAAACUGGGCAUGAUAGACGUGAUACCAACGACAACGAAAAUGGAGAUGCACGAGGGAAAUCAAAGGGUAAGAAGGGGUUGGCCGGGGAGAAACGAGCGGCACCAGAAGAGACAGAAGCCGCCUCAAUACGAGCGCGAUAUAUGGGCCCAGAAAUGAAUCAGUCUACUUUCUCAGCUAAAAAGAAGAGAAGGAGAACAACAGAAAAGAAAUUCAAUUUCGAAUGGGAUGCGGAGGAAGACACAACACAGGAUCAUAAUCCCAUCUAUUCAGAGAGGGCUGAGCCCACCUUCUUCGGAAGAGGAAGGCUGGCCGGGUUUGGUGACGACAUGACAGAAGAGAACGCCAAGAAGUAUGCCAUGUCUCUGAUCGAACGUGAUCCUGAAAACGGGGCGCAACGAGCACAAGAGCUACUAGAGAUGAUGCGAAAGGCGAAGGAGAGGGCUAACCGCAACGGCCUAGGGAAGCAUUGGUCAGAGAAGAAGCUAGAGGACAUGCGCGAACGAGAUUGGCGUAUAUUUAAAGAAGAUUUUGGUAUUGCAACCAAGGGUGGACUCAUUCCAAAUCCAAUGCGAAACUGGCAUGAAUCGGGUUUACCUCGUCGUCUGUUAGACAUCAUCAGCAAAGUUGGGUACGACGAGCCGACUCCGGUCCAGCGUGCCGCAAUACCAAUUGCUUUACAGGCAAGAGAUCUAAUCGGUGUAGCUGUCACUGGUUCAGGAAAGACAGCUGCUUUCUUACUACCUCUACUAGUAUACAUCUCGGAAUUACCGCCAUUAAAUGAAAUCACCAAGAAUGAUGGUCCGUACUCAUUAAUUAUAGCCCCAACUCGAGAGUUGGUUCAGCAGAUCGAGUCAGAGGCCAAGAAAUUCGCUAUCCCACUAGGGUUUACUGUUGUUAGUCUUGUCGGUGGGCAUUCACUUGAAGAACAAGCGUUUGCCUUGAGGAACGGUGCUGAAAUUAUCGUCGCCACACCUGGUCGUCUAGUCGACUGUAUCGAACGACGCCUGCUGGUACUGUCCCAAUGUUGUUACAUCAUCAUGGAUGAGGCCGAUCGUAUGAUUGAUAUGGGUUUUGAAGAACCAGUCAACAAGAUCUUAGACGCGCUCCCCGUCACCAACGAAAAGCCGGACACUGACGCCGCCGAAAAUCCGCAACUAAUGAGCCGACAUCUUGGCGGUAAAGAUCGAUAUCGACAGACAAUGAUGUACACAGCCACCAUGCCGUCAGCUGUCGAGAAGAUCGCGAAGAAAUAUCUACGCCGACCUGCUACGGUAACGAUAGGUAAUGUAGGAGAAGCCGUAGAUACGGUCGAGCAACGGGUCGAAUUCGUCCCUGGAGAGGACCGUCGCAAGAAGCGAUUACAGGAGAUUCUAUCAUCGAACGAAUUUGCACCGCCUAUUAUCGUAUUCGUCAAUAUCAAACGCAACUGCGACGCCGUCGCUCGGGAGAUCAAACAUAUGGGCUUUUCAGCUGUCACGCUCCACGGCAGCAAGACCCAGGAACAGCGAGAACAGGCUCUCGCUUCAGUACGCGGCGGCACGACGGACGUCUUGGUCGCGACAGAUCUUGCUGGUCGUGGUAUCGAUGUUCCAGAUGUAUCACUCGUCGUCAACUUCAACAUGGCCUUGAGUAUCGAAGGCUACACGCAUCGUAUCGGUCGUACGGGUCGUGCUGGCAAGAGCGGUGUUGCUAUUACAUUCUUGGGCAACGAAGAUGCGGACGUCAUGUAUGACCUGCGGCAAAUGCUUUCAAAAAGCUCCAUAUCUAGGGUACCGGAGGAGCUGCGCCGGCACGAGGCUGCACAGCAGAAACCAAAUAAGGGGCCCAAGAAGCUUGAGGAGAAGGGCUUUGGUGGGAAAGGGGGCGGAUGGGACUAG